GGAGACAGUGCUUUCUUCUCGGACACCUUGGCUACUCAGAGGAACGUCUUUGCCGACAUGUCCUUGUUUGUGCGUUUUAAUCAGCGAUUGGAAAAUAACAGGUAGCCUUGUCCGCCGCCUCUCGCAGCCCCCCCUACCCCCCUAAAAAAACGGUACACCCAGCAGCAGAGGAAAACAAAAAAAAAAAAAAAAAAUGAAAUAGCAGCCCGUGUCUCGACAGCGGCGUCGUUUCCUUCCUGCGCGUUUGGAGCCGAGAGAAGAAGCAGGGCGCACUACAACACCCGGGUUGGAUCCCAACGUGUUUUCACGGAGUGUCACCGCAGUCGUAGCGCUACUGUAUGAAACACCCUGCCUGCACGGGCUGCCGUGGGAGCCCGUCCUCAUCGCCUGGGAACCAGCCGCGCUCCGAUCAUGAUUCACGCUUGAUUUAAAACCAAUAAUAGAAGGCAUUGUGGAUAUGGAAUGGUGCAUGCCGCUGCCCCAAGUUUCCAGCCGCUGAAAAACACCGGAAUCAUGGACAUUCAUCCGCUGUGUACUAGACUUUGUCCACAUCCCCUGGACAAGGAAGAUGGUGUCGAGAGGCAGGGUCCUGUUACUCUGAAUCCACGGCACAUGAGGAAGGCCUUCAAAGUCAUGAACGAGCUGCGCAGUCAGAGCCUGUUGUGUGAUGUGACCAUAGUGGCGGAGGAUGUGGAGAUCGCUGCUCACCGGGUGGUUCUGGCUGCUGGGAGCCCCUACUUCCAUGCUAUGUUUACAGGGGAGAUGGCAGAGAGCCGGGCAAAGCGAGUGAGGAUAAAGGAGAUGGAUGGUUGGACUCUGGGCCUGCUGAUAGACUACAUCUACACAGCAGAGAUACAGGUCACAGAGGAUAAUGUACAGGCCUUGUUGCCGGCAGCGGGUCUGCUCCAGCUGACUGAGGUGAAAAAGGCUUGCUGUGAGUUCCUGAGUUCUCAGCUUCAUCCGUCCAACUGUCUGGGAAUACGAGCCUUCGCUGACCUCCACGCCUGCUCUCAGCUCCUCACACAGGCCAACAGCUACGCAGAGCAACAUUUCACCGAGGUGGUUGGGAGUGAAGAGUUUCUUAAUUUGGGAAUGGAGCAAGUGUCCAGCCUUAUUGCCAGUGACAAACUCACUAUCCCCACAGAGGAGAAGGUAUUUGAAGCUGUGAUUGCCUGGGUGAACCAUGAUAAAGACGUGCGUCAGGAGCACUUGGCUCACCUGAUGGAGCAUGUUCGCCUGCCACUCCUCUCCAGAGAAUACCUUGUACAGCGGGUGGAGGAGGAGUGUCUGAUUAAGAACAGCAGCGCGUGUAAAGACUACCUGAUUGAGGCCAUGAAGUACCACCUGCUGCCAGCGGACCAGAGAGCGCUGAUGAAGACGGCACGCACACGCAUGAGGACCCCAGCCUGCUGUCCUAAGGUGAUGGUAGUGGUUGGAGGCCAGGCUCCCAAGGCCAUCCGGAGUGUGGAGUGUUAUGACUUUGAGGAGCAACGAUGGUACCAGGUGGCUGAACUCCCCACCAGGAGGUGCAGAGCAGGUGUGGUGUAUGUGGGCGGGUGUGUGUAUGCGGUCGGCGGUUUCAACGGCUCUCUGCGCGUGCGGACGGUCGACUGUUACGACCCGGUCAUGGACCGCUGGAGCUGUGUGAGCAGCAUGCAGGACCGACGAUCAACACUCGGAGCUGCUGUCCUCAAUGGACUGCUGUACGCUGUGGGAGGCUUCGACGGUAGCACAGGCCUCUCGACAGUUGAGGCAUACAACGCAAAGACGGAUGAGUGGUUCCAUGUUUUACCCAUGAGCACCCGACGCAGCAGCGUGGGAGUGGGCGUCGUCAACGGGAUCCUGUAUGCAGUUGGAGGUUAUGAUGGAGCGACCCGGCAGUGUCUGAGCACGGUAGAGGCGUACAAUCCAAGCGGCAACACGUGGAGCUACAUUGCUGAGAUGGGCACUCGGCGCAGCGGGGCGGGUGUAGGAGUGUUGAAGGGACUGCUGUAUGCUGUGGGGGGGCAUGACGGCCCGCUGGUGAGGAAGAGCUGCGAGGUUUAUGACCCGGCCUCCAACAGCUGGCGGCAGGUAGCGGAUAUGAACAUGUGCCGACGCAACGCAGGUGUGUGUGCGGUGAACAACUUACUGUAUGUGGUGGGGGGAGACGACGGCAGCUGUAACUUGGCGUCUGUGGAGUUUUAUAAUCCAAACUCCGACAAGUGGACACUACUGCCUGCCUGCAUGAGCACGGGACGCAGUUAUGCAGGUGUGACUGUGAUCGACAAGCCCUUAUGACUGCUCUCGAGGCCUGCCACUGAUUUGGAGCAGAAUGUUUGCUUCUGCUGAAUACCGAUCUUGGACUGUCUCUGAUGCCGAUGCUUCGACCAUUGGCAGCCUCCACAGGCACUGAUGAAGAUGAAGAACACGAUGACAAGGCUGAUAGUGAUGAAGAUUUUUGCACUUAAUAAAUAGCGGAGCUGUAAGCGGAAGGGGAUCGAACCACGUUUUUAUCCUCUUACGGCCGGACUGCGGCACUAAGUGGACAAAUCGGUUUUGAGCGCCACUGUACCACGGCAGUGCCAUCGAAAUGCUACUGAUGAGGAGCUGCAAAGUGACUCUUACACUAACACAAUGUUGACAUGAACCAGUUCUGAGAGAGACCCACCAAUUCAGUCUGGAGUUAUGGUAGAGGAAGGCAGAGAAGGAGAAAUUGGGACUGUAAUCUUGUUUUCUCCUUUAUUUUAUCAUCCCAAGAAGUGUACGUGUCUGUACAUGUGUGUGUGUGUGUGCGUCUGUGUGUGUGAAUGCUUGCAUGUGCGCGUGCUGCCUUGCUUGCACAUGUGCGCAUGCGUGUUUGUGUGAUCCGUGCGCCUGUGUUUCUGUGGUGACGCCUGGUCUGACACAGAGCACGACCGCACCCCCGAUCUCUCACCUUUACAGUGUUCCAAUGUGGCUGAAUGUCAAAUUAUGCCCUGUUUCCCGUUUCCUCUCCCGUGUUUCGCUGCUGGUGUAGAAUUACCUGGACAGAGCGCAGUUGGACUCGGUGGCUGUCCUUGGAAAAAGAAACGAUAACCUCUGAGAAUAGAUUGGUAACAGAGUGUGAGUUGAGCGCCGGCCCGCAUGUAUUCCUAAGAGCCACGUGGGAAGCGGUGGUAGAAGAUAAUGUACAUUUCUUCUGGAAGAAAAAAAAAAAAAAGACAGAGAUUUUCAGUGGAACACUACAGUAACUCUACCGGUAGAGGAGAAGAAGUCUCAUUUCAUGGUGCCAAAAUGAGUGACACACAGAGGAAGCAGCUGUUUGAAAUGAAAUAAACAGCUGUAUUUAUUAGUGCUUUACUGUCACCCAGUGGCCAUUUUUUUUGUUGUGGUUGUAACCACUAAUGACAGCAAGUGAUAAUGGGCUGAACUCACUGCAUGGUCUCGAGCUCUAACCUCUUACUCCUAAACAGUAAACACUUAUCCUCUUCUUCCUCGCUCUCCCCUGGUGUAGCAACCCUGUUAACUACUGCACACCCUGACUUAAUAUGAAUGUGCCAAUUUUACUAUGUCUCUUUAUUUCCGUCUCUCUUUAUUACUCUCUUCCUACUUUGACUAAUCUGUUUUUCUCUUUCUGGAAAGUGACCAAACCUACUAUUGAGUUUCUUUUAUCAGUCUCUUUCUCUUGCCUCUCCUAUAUUGAAAAUUGCUAUAGUACUGGUAUCGCUGUUUCUUGUCAGUGUAUUGAGGAAUGUCAUGUAGGCUAAUGAUCUUUGAAAUGUUUCAUUACUUGUUUUAUAUUAUCAUUAAUAAAUAUGCUUCUUGUAUUUAAA